AUUUUAGCGCAUUAAAAAGGGUGAAAAGCAACCGGCCUGCUGCGCGUUAGCACAGCUGUCACCUUUAUAACGGUGCAACAGCUGUCGUCUGUGGCUGCCAACACCCACCUCAUUGAGUGUGUCGACAGCGAAAAACACACCUGCAGAUUUUCACUUUGAUAUCAAACCGCAGUGAAAAUAAAAGUAUAAGCACUAACUCUUAUCGGUAGUUAAUUUUGCUUUUGAAAGAGUGAAACAUAUUUUCAACGAAAGUUAACAGAAGCGCUCGUAGUUUGUUUAAAAAUGUGUAAAAUGUUGAAUUUUGUAAAUUUUAUAAUAUGCAUCGCCACAUUUAGUCAGACGAUGGAGCCUUGUUUGGCUAUAAAACGUGGUCCCCAUCAUCCACGCAGUGAACAAUCGAAAACACGUAAAGUGGACCAGCAUUUGACGCACGAGGAGCAUCGCAUUGAUGACGAUCUCAAGGAUAUGGGCAUAAAUGUGAAUUUGGAGGACAUGUCCGAUGAGGAAAAGAAUUUUUACUAUUUUAAGAUCCAUGACAGCGACAAUAACAAUGCACUUGAUGGGCUCGAGAUGCUGCAAGCGGCCAUACAUCAGGACGAGCAUUUCAAAAAGGUCGAUCGCGACAAUUUUCUACACAACGCCAGUGAAGAACUAAAUCAUAUCAUUGAGGUUAUUGAUGAGUUCCUGCAAAUUGCGGAUGCUAAUAAGGAUGGCUUUCUGCACUAUGCGGAGUACGUGAAGGCGGUCACAGGGGCACCAGAGGGACAAUAGAGCUAAGCGCACACAAGAGGAGGAGACGCGAGAAGAAGGG